AUUUGGUUGUACUCCAGCUUAAUCAGCUGCUCUGUUUACAAUGGCCAGAAAGAAAGAGAUAACGACGUAACUAUGAACAAGACAAACCCUCGUUGAUAAUGACCAGGGGAUAACUGAUAAAAGUCACGCGCUUUAUUUUCCAUUAUAAUUCAUUAUAAGCUUCCUGGGAGAUAUAUACUUUCCAAAAUGGUCAGUUUGUCAAGUCAAAACACUCAUGCUGGAGUAAGUUCAUUCGACGACGACACGACUCACGAGUCGUGAAAAUCUUCUUUUUAUUAACUUUUUAUGUACUUACUAUACAGUAGUUAUUAUACAUUUUUAUACUUACUAUACAGUAGUAUACUAUACUAUACUUACUUCUAAGUUAACUAAAAUUCUGUAAUAGUCACUUAUCAACACAACUAAUUCACUACUAAUAAAUUUUAACCUUUAUUUUUGUUUAGUAAUUUGGUAAAAGUAGGCCAUACUCCAGAUGUCUCAUUCUAAGAUUUUAAUUUUAACAAGGCUAAUACUAAUGGCAAUGUUUUUAAUUAAAAUAGUUAUAGUUAUUUGUAGGCAUGGGCCUAUAGUCCAUUAUCAUUGUCUAUCAUGCCAUAGUCUUUUGACAACAUUAUCAUUAUGUAAUGGGCAUACACUGGUUGGUUCAUCAUUGUUCAUGAUCAUGGUACUGGUAAAAGUAAUAGUUAUAAAUUAUAAGUAUAAGUUAUUAGUAAUAAAAUAUACUAUACCAAUACCACACUCUACUUCUCUAGUGGGGAGGUUAAUAUUAAUAUGGACAAUAUGUUUUUUUUUUAAAAUAUGAAGUUACUGGGUGGGGAAAGUUGAGCCCUGGGACUAUCUACGAGGACUCAAAAUGUCAUUCAUUGUUGCAACACACAGCAUAGGAACAAUAAAUUCAACACUUCCUAUUUCUGCAGUUCACAGACAAUACACCAUUGUCAUCAGAAUACAGCUAAAUCUAAAAAAAGUAUUGAAAUAUUUAAUAAAAUAAAUAAUUUUGUCAAUUUCGGCUUUACGAUGCCACGCCAAGUUUCUGUGGAUGAAUGACACACUUUUGUUUAGUCCCAUACUGUUACUAGAGUUCACUAUUAAUUUUGUAUAAAUUAACACGCCGAUGGAAAGUUUUGAUUGAUGAAUUUUUUAAAUACAUAUUUAAGUUUAAUUAAUAUCUGUAGUACCGGUAUUGAAAAAAACAUUGUCCUUCUCGUUUUUGCUGGCAUGGAGUGGAUUUUCAAUUUAUUUUAUAUGUAUUGGGUUUAAUUUAUGGUGCAACCUGUAAAACAGUGUUUAAAAGUUUAUUUCCUAAAAGUAUAAGUUGGUUUUUUAACAUACCGGGUAUUGAAUAUUUUAAAAAUAAUUUUAAUCUUUUUAUACACUUUUAUGCUUUUCUCAAUAGAGUGCUAAACUACAGCACUGGAAUGUCUGGUUUGAGGGCUUAGGUUAGGUAUAUUUGGUAUAGUUAUAGAUUUUGGGUUUUAAAAUUUACAAGACAGACUUUCACAUUAUUUUCAUGACAGGUACAUUCAGUGUUCUGGCUGGUUAGAGUCAUCGAUUUUAGGGUUGAAUUUUUAUCGAAAAAUAAUUAUUUAAUCAAAUUUGAAUGCUUUAUGGUUAUUUUUAAUGUUUUUUUUCAUUUAAAAUUUGUUAAUUUUUCAAUUAAUUACUAAAUGGUUUUUAAUAGCAUUUUUAUGCAAUGCAAAAUUUUAAAAAUGUCUUUUUAAAAACAUUUUUUGUUUAAAAAAAGUAACCCAUUCUAAUUAUUGUCCUUAUUUUCAUUUGUUUCAGUAAUUAUUGGUAGUGAAAACACACAUUUUCCCCUCCCCAUUUUUACUCCUCAUUGUGCAUUACUUUUUCUUUUUUGACAAGUCUGCAACAAAGGUGGUAUCUGUGUCAAAAAAAAAAUGAAGUGUACAAGACUGGUAAACUGAUAGCAUAAAUUUACCAGACAUGUAUAUACUUUCAUUGCGCAGUAUAUAAGCAAACCCACAACUGAGAAUAAUUGAAGGGAAGGUUAAUUUGCAGAUACUCAUUAAUUUGCAAAUAGGGAGUCUUCAUGCAAAUUUGAAAGACACAAUCAAUAAAAUUGCUAUGCGCCUGACAUCUUGUUUAUUGGCAGUAAAUAAGGUCUUAUUUGAAUGGAUGUAAAUAACAAAGUAAAAAUGUAUUUACCAAGUCUAAACAAAUUGGUAUGAAUCCAUUUGGAAACAAUGGCUACAGUUUGUUUUUUCCUUUUUAAAAUUAAAAAUAGCAAAAUAUAACAAGUCAUUGUUUAACUUUGUCCUCAGUAUAAAAAUACUGGUAAAUGAAAUAGUCAUGAUAAGAAACAAUGUUAUUAAGGGUCUAUGCUUUAAAAAAACCCUUCAUAUAAAAUGUCUGAAAACAUGGGUACACUUCCACUUGUUCACUAAAAUUGUGUGCAGACAGAAUCCAGUAGCUUAAAAAUGUACUUGUGCUACUUUUUAAUUAUUAUUCAGUCCUCUUUCACCCUAAAAACAUCAAUAUCACUUGCUACAUUAAUUACAAAGAGGUCUGCAUCCAUCUUGUCCACUGUUUCAUCUUCUAACUUAAAUACUAAGGACUUGGAAAUCCAUGCUCAACUUUUGACACUCCCUACUUAUUAACCAACAAUAAUGAAAUAUGCAGGAUUUUUUUAAUGAAGAAUAAUAAUAAUGUGCUCAUAGGAAUAGCAGUAAACUUAAACAGUCAUCUACUAUAUGGGGGUUUUGGUGCCCUGACACAUGUAAUACAUAAAAAUAUGGUACAUGGGAAAUUAGGCACAUGUAUCCUGGAAAUUGGAAGACAAACCAUGUAAAGGCUUUAAAUAGGAGACAUUGAAGUAGUAAGAAGUAAGAAAUAACAAUGGAAUGUUAUUAUUUUAUCAGUAACAGACAGUUUUCUAUUUUCUGUUACUGGUAAAAAUGUUAAAAUGGCACACAUAUUUCAAGAAAGAAAAAAAGGUUAAUCUCAACGCUGGGCUAAUCAACCAAUUUGUUUAACUGAUCUGCAGGGAUAUUUUGGCUUCUCUGAUGACCGUCCAACUCUUUACUCCACCAACACAGCAGACGAUGACCUUAUCAUUGACCACAUUGAGCUGGUUGCCAGCCCAGAAAUGUCUCACAAACCAAUUAGAACUGCAUGGGCCAUCAUUUUAGCCAAGAUCCUUUAUGUGAGUAAUUUAAUUAUUAGUUCUUGCUUUUAUACUUUGAGUUAUUACAUAUAUGUAAAAGUUUAAGCCAUUAUUGCCAGCAUAUUUUAUUCUGUAGUCUUCAUUUUAUGGGCAAUUUUACCAAUUUUUUAUGGAUUACAUACACCAUAGUGUGCUGGGUCGUUGAGUGGUCUAAACUGAAUCAAUCCCAAGCUAAUGGACUCAUUCAAUCCCCAUCAAAAGCAAAAAUAAAACAUCACCAGCACCCUAGGUGUAUGGGACUCAUUAACCUUGGAUGGCAACUCAUCUAACAGAAGGCAAACUCUGAAAUCCAACCUAGAGAUGGUGUCCAGUAGGCUGUAUGACAUUGACACUAUAAAAAUUCUUACAACUCCUGCGACAUAGAACUCAUAAAGAGCACAUUGAAACACACAAGACAAACUUCUGGUCAUUUACUGCAUCCUGGUAUAUUUCCAAAUUCCAGUCGAUUGGACUUAGUCUUGCCACUGGAACAAGACAAGCUCAAGUCAAGACUACUUCUCAAGUCGAAUAUUGCCUUGAUCAUCUUUGGGUGCAAAGGAUAAAGAGUAAAAAAGAAAUAACAUACACCACAGAGAUCUAUCCUCUUAGAUUAAUUUUCUCUUGACAUUUGCAAACUAAAAGUUGAAUUUGAUAUUUCAGGUUGCCCUUUGUGUCUCAGCAUAUUUGGUGCCGUUAUUCUGUGAUUCGAACCAAUGUGGAGAAGAUUCCAUUUCCUUGACCAUGUACAUUCAUGGAGGAAUGUGGUUUGUUUUAUUUUUUCUGGAUAGAUACUUACUAGCAAAGCACAAUGAAAGCAGGAUGAAUGGAUACCUGGAUUUCUAUAGAAAAACACGGAACAUCCGCCGAGUGCCCUUCAUGAUAAACUCUUGUGGUAAGCCAAGAUUUCUAUCAGCAUUACAGUAGAGAAUCUGGACCCUUAGUUUUACCAAACAUAGAGAAUCUGGACCCUUAGUUUUACCAAACAUAGAGAAUCUGGACCCUUAGUUUUACCAAACAUAGAGAAUCUGGACCCUUAGUUUUACCAAACAUUUUCACAUUUGGUAUUCAUCGUUUGAUUGUAAAUAUAUUCUUGUCAUCUAAUUAACCUGAUUUUCAUCUGGAAAAAUUACAAAAUUUUAAAUUGACAAUUUCUUGUAUUACUUUUGUGUCUUUCCAGCCAAUGCCAUCGGUGUGAUCGUCCUGAAGGUGUUAGAUCAACACUGCGGAAAAGUACAGUGUAAAUUUCUCAAGACAACAACAUACAUCCAGAUAUUAGUUAGUGCUGAGUGUGCCAUUGCCAUUAUUGUUCUCAUUGUCUAUUUAGGUAGGUAGCUUUGUGAAAUGUAUUUCAUGUUUCCAGAUAAAAAUUUAUUAAGUUUUUAAGUUUUUAAUCAACUGUGAAGGUUGGCAAAAAAAUUUAAUGCAUUUUUUCAUUAUGUUAGCUAAAUUCAAAAAAGCAUCACACAUAGACGAAGAGCUCUAUUCUAAAAAUUAAAGUCUUGCCGCAUGAUACAAUAUUAAGAGAAGCCAAAGUAAAGCCAAUGUUAAAUUUUUUUUUUCAUAUUGCUUAGGCAAGGAGUAAUCUUUUAUUUUAAGUGGCUUAAUUUAAGUACUUCAUCAUUGUUGUACAAUUAAGAAUUCUAACAACCAAAGAGUUGGGGGAAAAUGCAAUACAACAAAAUAAAACAACCAUUUAUAAAUGCAAUUCAAUAUAUUUCAUAUAAUUAUCUCCCAAAUAAAUUUUAUCUUUUCUGAUUAUUUUUUUGCCUUGGAAUUAGCCUGAUGACAUUUUGGAUUUGUUAGGUUUAAAAGGAUUUGUAAAAAUCACAACAUUUCUAAGUUUGACCCAGUUUCAAGCACAAUGUUAAUGGAAGAGAACUUCGUCUUCAUUUCUUAUACUAAAUUGUAAUAUACCUUAGUUGUUUUGUAAUGUCAUUCGAUGGGAAAAGUUAUAGAACCAAGAGCCCAAGGUGUCACUGACUCCGUUACAUUUGUACUUUAUUUGAUCCUUGCUCUAGUUCACACUGUGAGAUUUAACCAAAAGAAAGCGUUACCAGAUGUGACACAGGAGGAGUUGAUGACCAGCUUUGUUAAUUCACAUUCAUCAGCAGAUGUUGGGUACAGGUAGGAAAGUAUUUUUUUUAACCCAGUCGCAUAAAGAAGGUGGGGCAAGACAUGGGAUGUACUGUUGGGUGCCACUUUGAUGCCCUUGGUUCCUGGGGAAAAUAUGACUAGCAAGCAAAUAAAAUGACACAAUUAUAAAAUUAUAUUUUUUUAAAUCUAAAUUUGUCUGUUAAUAGUCCUAUUCUAUUAUAAAAUGUAUCACAGGGAGAAAAUUGUCUUAGAAUAGCAUUUUAGAAUCAGCAUAGUAGAAAGCAUUGUAGAAUUAGCUUAGUAGAAUUGCAUAGUAAAAUUGGCUGGCUGACAAAUAACUGUUAAAACCUAAUAAAAUAGUUCCUGAUAAGAUCUUUGCCUGUAUUGACUAAGCUAAAAUACUGCAAGGUAGUCCUGCUUACUCAGCUGUCCUUAUGUUAAAACAUACUUGUAAAAAAUAGGCUUUAAAAUCUUGAUAGAGGCUUGAUUUAAGCUCUGUCAUGCCAUAUGUCCUCUGAAAACUCAUAUUUGUAUAUAACCUUUAAUUAAAUUGGUAUUAAAAGACAUUUAUUGCAAAACCGAGGUUCAUCUAUUUUGUAGCUGAUACUGAACUACAUUACUUUCAUUCCAAUGCCCCAUAAAAAUAAAAUUGAUGUAUUUGGAAAUAUUCUGCUAUUGUCAACUGAAAAAUUUGUGCUCGUUUAUGAUAAUUAAAGAAGGACUGGUUCAAGCUGUGCGAAGGAAAUAGGACAAGGUCUGUGUAAGCUUGAAACGUUACACUUUUGUUGUCUUAUCUUUUAAGUUUUUAUUUCAAGCUUGCACAUACCUUGCCCUGCCAUUUCCUUCACUUAUUGUAUUGGCACAUUUGAAUAAAUAGUAUUCACAUAAUUUCUACUGUCUUUGCCAGAAAUGAAAAUUAUAUAGACCAAGUAAUGGAGAAACAGGCAGAUAUGAUCCGAUAUCUCAGGCAGCAUACGGAAAACCUGGCAAGGCGCAACUUAGCACUCCAAGGAGAAAUAAACAAGAUGAAAGGCAUGCGGUUAGAGGGCAGUAUCAAUGGUGCGUUUUAGGAUCAUUUCUCAUCUUGAUCAUUCAUUUCUCAUUUUGAUCGCUCAUUUCACAUCUUGAUUACAGGUAUUCAUUUUGACAGUGAGUGAAUGUAGUGUGUAUAUUUCACAAGAUGGAGUUGGGUUUCCCUAGCUGCAGAUGUAUAAUAGUAUUUAUUGAACUCUUAAAUCUGGAACGUGUAUUUUUAAAAAAACAAAAAAACAAAUGUUACUGAUGUAAAUAACAGUUGAUGAUUGUGACAUUCAAUUUAGAAUUUCUAGCUAUAAUUGUAGAAUUCUUUCUAAAGACAUCAACCAAAAAAUGUGCAAAAAAAAUUGUGAUAUUUAAAUUGUACAUUUAUAUUCAUAUGUGUACUGCAAGAGUGUAAAUCAAGAUGCUCUUAGUUAAAAAAAUUAUUUUUUUAAAAAUCUGUUAAAAAAUGUUGAUGUUUUUUUAUUUAUACAGACUUCCAGUCCGUAUUUUUAACUGUCUUUAAUAAGAAAAGAAUAGAGCAUUGCCAAUAACAUGAAAUUAUUAUUAGAAUGCUGACAGUCAGUUUGAUUUCAUGAAUUUUAAUUAGAAUUGCUGUAAAGGAGAUCAAACUGUUUAUAUAUACAAGUGUAAAUACUUAUAUACCUGAUUGUUUACUUUUUUAAGCAUGAAGCUGUAAAAAGUUUUAUCAAAAUUACCCAAAUUUAUAACAUACAAUUAGUCUGAAAAUGAAUUUCAUUUGUUUUGGGUUUGAGAAUGCCUUUGAAACAAGUUGUGUUGUCCAAGAUGAGUCUGAGGAUCAUUCAGAUCCCCAACAUUAUUUAUUUAUUCAUUAAGUAAUAAAUUCAUUAAUUUUUAAAUCCUCUGUAUUAACCUCUUCGCUACCGAUGACGUUGACGUGACGUCACGUAACGUCACGAUCAUCCACUUUCAGUUACCAAGGGCGUCACAUUGUCGUCAUGACAUGGGGCAAAGAACUUUUCUGAAAUACCAAGGAAGUCACGUCGGCGUCAUACUUCAAUACUAUGUUUUUUAUUAUUUCUUUAUUCGUUCAUCUGUAGAUAAGUUAAAAAGCCAAUUGGAAAGAGAAUGAAAAAUACCGAAAAUUUCUUCUUCUUAAAGUUUUUUAUUUAUGAGUCAGCUAAAAUCGAUGCCAAAACCAGCAGUAAUGAAAGGGUUAAUUUCGCACUUCCUGUCAGCCUAUUGAGCUGACACUUGGCACACAGACUCGAUGUUGAUGACAACACAUUCAAUCAAAUUUUCAGCCCCACCUCCCAACCCUAUCCCCCAAAAAUCAGUUUUCCUAUUUUGCAAGGGAAGAUGAAGAAAACGCGAUGCCACUAAUUUCAUGAAAUGCGCUAAAUGAGAUUCUUGUUUUAAAAAAAGUGUUUUUUGCGUGUAAUAUCUUCUUUUGUUUUUCUGAAAUAGUUGGAGAUAUAAAUCUGCGGUAGUAAUAGCGAAUGGGACAACUGAAUAUUUAUAUAAAAUAAUAUAAAAUGCAUCUAAAGGAUUUAUAUAAGAAUCUUUGAUUUCCGGGGUAGUUUAUUUUUGAUUUAAACAGUUCACCCUUGUAACAUUUGAAUAGAACAGCUUUUGUUACUAUUAUAGGUGUGGUUCAUAUUUGUUCAAUUCAGAUUAUUUUAUGAAUCACAAAGUGAGCGUUAGAUUAAUCUCAAGCAGUGUGGAAUUAAAUAACCAGUUAGCUCAAUGUGUACUUUUUUUUAUUAAGCAGUAUAUCAGAAUAUGUGUGCUGGAUUGAUCUAGACAAGUGUUUAGUUAAAUAACCAGUUAGCUGUCUGUAUACGUUUUUGUUAAGCAGUGUAUCAGAUUGAUCUAUGUGUGCCAGAUUGAUCUAGACCAAUUUUCAGGUAACUCAUCUGGAUGUUUUUAUUACUGAAUCAAUAAAAUAAUGCCAUGUUGACUCAGCUCCUCACAGCUGGCCGGGACUCAGCUCAAUACAAUUAUUGUGGGUGACACAAUUGUGGUUUAUGUCCUCAAUAUGGUGCCUGCUUUGACCUAUUUGUGCUCUCAUUAAGUUUGGCUCUAGUGUUUAGUAGUGUUUGCGGCUGGACUUAACUGUAUGAUCUAGGCAUUUAUGGAUUUGUCUACUUCUGGUAUACUUUUGUGUAGUUCUUUUGUAAUAGUCAUGUAUUUCUUGUAUACUUGUCUUGGUGUACUGUAAUACUUGUCAUGUAGUUCUGGUGUACUUUUCAAGUAGUCUUGGUGCACUUGUCAUGAUUAAGGAGAUGAAAAGACACAAACUGUCACUGUAUUCUAGCAGUAGGAUAAAAGGAAUGGUCUAAAAAUAGUAAAUCAUCUCAGAUGAUCAAGAGUCUUUUAAUCUGAUUAAGCUUUUGGCAAGUCCAAUCUCCCUUCUUUAUUGUGGUUUAGAAAAAGUAUUUAUUAAAUAGUACAUUAGAUUUACAGCUGGGUCUCUAUAUUAUAGUAUCAUAUAAAUGUCAGUAGCAAUGUUGUUUUAUUUUCUCAUCAUUUUUACAUUUGCAAAUGUAAAUAAAACAAACUAUGCAUUAUAAUAACUGGUAUUUUAUGAUGUAUUUUAUUGGUUGUCAGCAAUGGAAUUAAUGCUGAUGUGAACCAAGUUUUCACAAUUCUUCAUCCUGUGCCGCCCACCCCGAUACACACCUUAGAAACCCAUUUAGUAUUGAAGCCAAAAACAUGCAAGACGACAGUCCUAAGGUCUAGGCAAUAGUAAAACUGAGAGCUAAGGUUAUAUUUUAAGUCCCUAAAGUGGCACUUUUCAACCAGUGUAUCCACAAGAUUAGGAUAUUUAAGACAAAAACAGAAGCUAAAUAAUUUUUUGUGACAUAUUUCAUGCUGAGAAUAAGGCAACUGUACUAUAAUCCAAUUAAGAUAAAUGUGAAAUAUUUUACUUGGAUUCUGCUCCUCACUGACAUUGAUGAAUAAUUUUCUAUAUACUUUAUUGAGUGAAGAGGUUGAAAAUCCCUGGUCUAAGCAAUCAAUGGAAUAAAUUAAUGAGCUGGUCUUGCAGUUGUCAGUUAAGAUGUCUUUGUUUAUAGUAAAAGUCUUAUUUAAGUUAAACUUAACUGCUAGUACAAUGAUGUAUUGUGACCUGUUCAUUAUAUGUAAAAAAAAAAAAAAAAGGGCAGUGAUAUGUUGUCACCUAUUCAUUAUAAUUAUAUGUAGAAUAAAUAAUGAAAUGGACCAUAAACAUAAUUUACUGCAUUCUUGUGUUUUUAUUAAUUAUGAUUAUUUCUUUGGUAACAUAUUUUAUUCCUAGGGGACCUAAUUUUUUUAAAUGAAACCGCAAUAUUAAAAAUAUAU